AUGAAGAGAUCUUCUAAGCUUAAACGUCCAGUUCCAGAUGACGUUCUAGAUGACAUUCCAGAUUGCGCAAUAGACGGAAUUCAAAAAGCUGUAGCUCCUUUGCGCGGAACUUACCGUCAAUUUUCUUUCCAUCUCUGUCAUCCGUACAUGACCGGUGGAAUACCUGAUUCCAAGGCUUAUUCCAGUUUUGGCGAAUCAUUUAGAACAGAAAUCACCAAGUCUAAGUCAAUUAUAGCUCUAAAUGCUGAAGAAAAAUUAGAUCUCAAUAAAAGGUUUCCAAAUCUUACUCUGAAGGACUUAGAUGUGCUCAAAAGCUUGUCUCAUGCUGUCCGGACACGUGUUGAGGCGCUUAAGAAAUAUCAGGCAUGUGAUUGGAUGUUUAGUUCUUGUUUUUCAAAUUUGUCUAAGAGUAAUAUGAUGUUCGAACAUGAUUGGUUACACGGAAAGUUUCUUAAGGAGAAGGCAGCACUUCAAGAUUCCGACUACAAUGCACUGUGUCGUCGAAAAAAGUUGCUCAAGCAGAAGGCAAGACUUGAUGGGCCCGACUACAAGACACUGUGUCAUCAGAGUAAAUUGGAUGAAUUAGGAGAGGAGUUUAUUGAGAAGAGAGCAGCACUUGUGGACAAGUACCAUGAUCUGUAUCAGCCUCUUUAUACAAAGCGGUAUGAUAUUGUGAACGGGAUUGUAGAUGUUGAAGGCGCAUUGAAUGAAGCAAGUGAUCGAACCAAAGAGGAUGAGAGCUCUACAAAGGAGAAAGAAAGAGGAGUGCCUGAUUUCUGGCUCACGGCAUUCAAGAAUAAAAUGGUUAUAUUUGGAAACGUUAGUGCUCGAACAUGUUUACCUCUUUAA